UUGACGGUCACUGUCAAAAUAAGAAAAAAAAAAUGUUUGGAAUUUCAAUGAACUGAAAAAUGAAACAUAGUUUAAUUUAUUUUAUUAUUUAGCAACAUUCUGGUUGUUAUUGGAUUUGUUCCUGGAAGUAAACUAAACGUUGCACCACGGUUCUUGUGUAGAUAAUUGCGGUGACUCGUUUUCUGCGGAAAUUUCCCUUUCAAGUGGAUGCUAAACAUCUAAAUGAAGGUUUUGCAAAGACAAUAAAUCAUAACAUAAAGAUUAUAUCAUCUGCAAUAAUUAAGCUAUGGGAACAGUAGGAAACAAUUUAGAAACAUUUAAUAUAUCAGACCUCUCACCAGAGCAGCAGAAAGUUUUAAUUGAAAUCAGACGGAAGAAAACUGAACUAUUAUUACAAAUACAGCAACUCAAAGAUGACUUGUGUGAAGUAGUAUCGGAGAUGGAGUCCCUGGACACCGGGGAUGACGGUAAAAACAGCAAUCGGGCAAAAAUGAUGUCGAUCGGCCGUAAGAAGUUCAAUAUGGACCCGAAGCGCGGAAUCGAGUAUUUGAUCGAAAAAGGCUUGUUACAGAAUACCCCCGAAGGAGUAGCCCAGUUCCUUCACAAAGGUGAAGGACUUAAUAAAACUGCCAUAGGAGACUACUUGGGUGAGCGUAACGAUUUCAACGAGAAAGUCUUACAGGCGUUCGUGAACUUACACGAUUUCACCGAUUUAAUACUGGUGGAGGCCUUGAGGCAGUUCUUGUGGAGUUUUCGGCUGCCCGGCGAGGCCCAAAAGAUCGACCGUAUGAUGGAGUGUUUCGCCAAAAGAUACUGCGACUGUCAAGGGGAGAAUAACAUAUUUGAGAAUUCGGACACUUGCUAUGUGCUUUCGUUUGCGAUUAUUAUGUUGAAUACCAGUUUACAUAAUCCCAGUGUUAAGGAGAAGCCGAGCAUUGAUCAGUUUGUGAAUAUGAAUAGGGGGAUCAACCAGGGACAGGAUUUACCUAGGGAAUUACUUGUGAGUUUGUAUGAAAGCAUAAAGUCAGAACCGUUUAAAAUCCCAGAAGACGACGGUAAUGAUCUUAUGCAUACGUUCUUUAACCCCGAUAAGGAAGGUUGGUUGUGGAAACAGGGAGGCAGAUAUAAAAGCUGGAAGAGACGGUGGUUCAUAUUGAACGAUAAUUGUCUGUAUUAUUUCGAAUACACCACAGAUAAGGAACCAAGGGGAAUCAUACCUUUGGAAAAUAUUUCUAUUAGGGAGUGCCAGGAUAGACAAAAACAGUUUUGUUUCGAGUUGUAUGCUAGUGGAGGAGUGGAGUUUAUUAAGGCUUGUAAGACUGAUUCGGAAGGGAAAGUGGUAGAAGGAAAACAUAGAGAAUACCGAAUGUCGGCGAGUAGCGACGAGGAAAGAAAAGAAUGGAUCAACCGUUUGACGCAAAGUAUAAGUCACAACCCGUUUUACGAUAUUUUAGCCAAUAGGAAAAAGAAGGCACAGAAUCAUUUGAAAAAUUAAAAAAAAUUAGUCCGAAUCUACCAAAUAUCGCUGUGAUCGUUUAUAUCUUCUGGAAAUUGUAUUAAAGUUUAUUAUAGUAUUAUCCAGCUUAGACACAGUUAUAAAGCAAACAUUGUAUAAAAACCGUUUAUUGUACCUGUUUAAUAAUUAUUUAUUGUAUAAUUUUGCAAUUAUGUAAAUAUGUAUAGCAUAUGUUUUGAUUUUCUGGUCAUUUAAUAUUAUUAUUAUUAUUACUUGUUGGAGGUUGGGUGUCAUUCUAAGACCAAUCUAACAGAAAAUGUUUAUUGUGACUUUCAAGCAUUAGUUUAGGGAUAAGGUUUUGUUCUUGUAUAAAGUUCUAUUAGAUUGAUCUAAGACUGAUUUUUAGGAAAAAUUGUGCUUAAUUGUGAAUCCUGGAAACUAACAGCGAAUACCUAAAAUAGCCUAAUGAAAAAUAUAUUAUCUGAUUUUUCUUUGUAUAAAAAAAGUUUAUAAAUAUAUGUUUCUAUUGAUGUAACUAAGAA